AUGUUGAAGGCUUCAACAGUGGCAGUCUUGGGAAUGGUACUGCUCGGCCAAGGAUGGUUUACACGUGCGGAGUACAAGCGCGUGUGUUACUAUACCAACUGGGCCCAAUACCGAGCGGGUGCACGUUUCACUGUUGAUAAUAUCACACCAGAACUCUGUACACACAUCAUCUACGCAUUUGCGAAAGUCACCGAUCUGGACCUGGACGUCGUAGAAUGGAAUGACGAAACAAUGUUUGGAAAGUUAGUAAACAUGAGGACGUUGCAUCCUGGCCUGAAACUGCUGAUAGCUAUUGGUGGAUGGACCGCCGGCACUGAACGUUUCACAAAUGCUGUAUCAACAGACAACAAAAUACGCGCAUUUGCAACAAAUACUAUCAGCUUCCUCAGAAAGCAUGACUUUGACGGCCUUGAUAUUGACUGGGAGUAUCCUGGCGGUAGAGGGAGUCCCGCCGAGGACAAGGAGCGCUUUACCAAGAUGGUACAGAUAUUCAGUGAGGAAUUUAAACGAGAGGCAAAUGGAAGUUCACGUGAUCGCCUGUUACUAAGUGCCGCAGUAGCUGCUGGUGCAAAUUAUGUUGAUAAAGCAUAUGAAAUUGAUAUCAUAUCAAAGUAUUUUGAUUUUAUCAACCUGAUGGCAUACGACCUACAUGGGCCUUGGGAGGAUACUCUGAACCAUCAUAGUCCACUGUACCCUCGGUCGGACAACCCCGCGGACCAACUAACACAGGAUGGGGCAGUGAACCUCUGGCUAAGUCGAAGUUGUCCAAAAGAAAAGUUGAUUCUCGGGAUAGGCAUGUACGGCAAAUCCUUUACAUACACUUCCUCAUCAGACGUAGGAUCGCCCGCCUCCGGGGCUGGUAGGGCAGGGCAAUAUACAGCAGAACCUGGCACAUUGGCUUACUACGAGGUGUGUCUGAAUUUGAACUCUGGGUGGACGAGGAAAUGGAUGGAUGACCAAAAGGUUCCCUACGCUUUCUCCGGUAGUGAAUGGGUCGGUUACGACGAUGUGGACAGUGUGGCCUACAAGGUUGAAUACAUAAAACAGAAACAGCUAGGUGGCGCUAUGGUGUGGGCAAUGGAUAUGGAUGACUUUGACAACAAGUGCGGAGAUGGAAAGUAUCCCCUUAUGUCAACCAUAAAGGCAGAUCUUCUCGCUGAAGACCCGGAUGUGUACAACGUCCAAGAUGAGGACCAGGGAUACAUGUAUGACCAGUACGCCUGUGAGUACGAGAAGCACGGACAUUCCCUUGCCAGCAAUUACAAAAAUUACAUUCUGAUCUUACAGCGAUAA